CGUCCUGCGGGGCCCGGAUGUUUUGUAUCCGGUGCAUGAGCUUCACGUCCCCGCACGGACGCGGUCCAGUGUCCCGGCGAUAAACACCCGUCCUGUCGGUUUCAUCAGGAGCGUCGUCGCUGUUCUCUGGUUCACCAUGGCCCAGAACCAGGUCAUCCUGCAGUUCCGCUUCGCCACAUUCGGGGACUCCAUGCUGCAGAAGAUGAACCUGCUGCGGCACCAGAAACGCUUCUGUGACGUGGUCGUGCGCAUCAACCAGCUGGAGGUUCCCGGCCACAAGGUGGUGUUUGCCGCCGGCUCAUCUUUCCUGAGGGACCAGUUCAUCCUGCAGCAGGACUCCAGAGAGGUCCAGAUCUCCAUGAUCCAGGAGGCGGAGGUGGGCCGACAGCUGCUCCUGUCCUGCUACACGGGCCUGCUGGAGUUUCCCGAGCUGGAGCUGGUGCAUUACCUGACGGUGGCCAGCUUCCUGCAGAUGGGCCACAUCGUGGAGCAGUGCACUCAGGCCCUCAGCAAGUUCAUUAAACCUCAGUCCUCACGCCAACUGAAGGUGGACGUGGACAUGAGGAUGAAGAAACGGGAGGAGGGCUUGUCUUCUCAGGUACAGAGGGAGGAGGAGCGCUCUCAGGUGCGAACUGUCCAUCAGCAGCAGCAGCAGCAGCAGGAGGAGGAGGUGCAGCAGGUGGAGAGCGACGAUCAUGGUGAAAAUGACGAGGAAGACGACGACGACGAUGACGUGAUCAUCCAGCCGAGCCCCGUGCAGACGCUGAGCCACCGUCCCCGGCAGGGCGUGGCGGAGAGCGACAUCACCAUCAUAAAGGUGGAGUCUGUGACCGAGGCGGCAGAAAACUCCAUCAGCGGCCACUUUUCCUCCAGCCCCCCUGCUGCCCUGCACUCCCCCGAGCCCCAGCACUCCCUCAUCAACUCCACGGUGGACAGCCGCGGCAGCGAGAUGGCGGUUCCCCCCGGCCUGGCCGGCUACCCGCUCAGCCCGCCCUCCUCCUCCUCCAUUCCCGCCGAGAAGCACCUGGGACACCAGCGGAGCUACGACAAGCCCCUGCAGUGGUACCACCAGUGUCCCAAGUGCGCCCGAGUCUUCCGCCAGCUGGAGAACUACGCCAACCACCUCAAGAUGCACAAGCUGUUCAUGUGCCUGAUCUGCGGGAAGACCUUCACUCAGAAGGGCAACCUGCACCGGCACAUGCGGGUCCACGCCGGCAUCAAGCCCUUCCAGUGCAAGAUCUGCGGAAAGACUUUCACCCAGAAGUGCUCGCUGCUGGACCACCUGAACCUGCACAGCGGCGACAAGCCGCACCGCUGCAACUACUGCGACAUGGUGUUCGCUCACAAGCCCGUCCUCCGGAAGCACCUCAAGCAGAUCCACGGCAAGAACAGCUUCGACAACGCGAACGAGCGCAGCCUGCACGAAGGGCCGCUCGACUUUGACUUUGGGCAGAUAUCGAACCUCUGAACCUCGCCGUGUGGCACCGGUGGCUGUUUCAGCCUCAGCCUCGCCCUGCCAGGUUUGACUGAAGGCUCUGAACGGUUUCCUGGAGGUUGAUUCACUACAGCAGACCGCUGGUCUGCGCCUCACUGUAGCUUCAUUACUGUGGACUGUUUGUUUUUUGUACGAUGCAGUGUAGAUGCCUUCAUAUCAUACUUGAAAAUGUAACACUGAUACACAUAUUGACUCAACAUCAUGUAGUAACUUUGUGUCUGUGCCCGAACUGAAAAAGCAUUUCAACAUGAACCCCAUUCAUGUGUACAUUGUCCAUACAGUCUGCUGUAGCCUUUUUCUUACCAGUGUGAAUUUAACAAGGACUUGACUCGUGAGAGAAACUUGAAAGCGUACCGAGGGCAAGCUGUGACAUUUCGUCUGGGCAACAAAAAGGGAUGCCAAAGCGUCUGAGGCGGAUUUUCUAUAGACUUUAUAUCUGAGGUACUGUUGAACCAAAGUGACAUUGUAUCUGUCCUGUGUUCAUUGAAGUCAGUGUGUCUGUUUAGAAACUAAUAAAUAAUGU